CCUGUGAUAUAUGUAUGAAUAAAUCUGGAGGCAGGAACGCUGCAGGGGACUGGUCGCGGUCGGGCAGGUGCGUACCCACGACAAACUGGAGCCGGAGUCGUCACCGGCGCUGGGAUAAUUAAUACAACCGGCCGCAAGGCACGUAUAGUCGGCGCCUGUCAAAACUAGUAUAGCGCGACGCUUGAGCGCCUUUAUAAUAUUAGUGCGCCGCGUCAGUGCAAACAAGUUUGACCGCCUCGGCGAAGUGAUGGCACCGACUUCUAGUGCGUCAAGCCGCGCGGCCUCCGCGCCGGCGUUAUGUGCUAUCAUGCUGGUCAUGCUUUCAGGCGUCGCCUCAGCAAGUAGAAACCGUCGGUAUCUUGCGGACAUGCCCGUCGCUGCGCCACCGACCCAAUCCGCGGAGCCCCCCAGCCCACCAGCCCCGCCCCCCUUCCUGGAACCUUUCGGUCCCUGCCGGUCCUCCCUGAAGGACCAGCCCUCCACUCUGUCGCCCUUCACCAGCCGCUUCACCACUCACGGCUACUCAAAGUAUCCCGAGACCGUGUUUUGCACCACCCUCACAUUGAGCCCUCCGGAGGGCGCCAGCCUGUGCAGCAGCAUGGGCGCCUAUACAGUAUCACUCCUCAUUGAGCCCAAGUGCCGCGCCGUGGUGCGCACACUGCUGGUCAACGGCGCAGAAAAGUCGCCGUCUGUAAUGGACGCUCCCACGCUGGGAGCGCUCGUGCUCAAGUGGACGCAGCUGGACAUCGCGCUUACCGCCCAGCCGCAGACCACCGAGCUGUGUUUCGUGGUGCGCCGCCGCGGCGUGGGCGAGGACGGGGGCGAUGAGGGCGGCUGCGGCGACCUGUCAGGCGUGUGCGCCAGGGGCCUGUGCCAGAUGUCCGUCCUGGACAACCCCGACCUGCCCGGCACCAACUGCUGCCCCACCACCUACCUGAACCUUUCCAACGUGACGGGCUCGGAUUCCCCGCCCUACGUGCCCCUGCCGCCCUCGCCGGAGCCGCCCACCCCAAGCCGCAGCCCCCGUCCCGGCGCCGCGCCCGGCAGCCGUGCUCCGCCUCUGCCCCCCUUCUACCUCCCUGACCCCAGCCCCGAGCCGGCCACCAUGCCCACAUCACCACCGCCCGUGUACGGUGCCCCUCCGCCGUCGCCGGAGCCUCCCACUCCUGUUGACACGCCGGCCGUGUCCCCUCAGCCCAGCCGCAGCCCUCGUCCCGGCGCCGCGCCUGGCAGCCGUGCUCCGCCUCUGCCCCCCUUCUACCUCCCUGACCCCAGCCCCGAGCCCGCCACCAUGCCCACAUCACCACCGCCCGUGUACGGUGCCCCUCCGCCGUCGCCGGAGCCUCCCACUCCUGUUGACACGCCGGCCGUGUCCCCUCAGCCCAGCCGCAGCCCCCGUCCCGGCGCCGCGCCCGGCAGCCGUGCUCCGCCUCUGCCCCCCUUCGACCUCCCUGACCCCAGCCCCGAGCCCGCCAGCAUGCCCACAUCGCCACCGCCCGUGUACGGUGCCCCUCCGCCGUCGCCGGAGCCUCCCACUCCUGUUGACACGCCGGCCGUGUCCCCUCAGCCCAGCCGCAGCCCUCGUCCCGGCGCCGCGCCCGGCAGCCGUGCUCCACCUCUGCCCCCCUUCUACCUCCCUGACCCCAGCCCCGAGCCCGCCACCAUGCCCACAUCACCACCGCCCGUGUACGGUGCCUCUCCGCCGUCGCCGGAGCCUCCCACUCCUGUUGACACGCCGGCCGUGUCCCCUCAGCCCAGCCGCAGCCCCCGUCCCGGCGCCGCGCCCGGCAGCCGUGCUCCGCCUCUGCCCCCCUUCGACCUCCCUGACCCCAGCCCCGAGCCCGCCACUAUGCCCACAGCGCCGCCGCCCGUGUACGGUGCCCCUCCGCCCGACACCCUGCCCGGCGGCGGCUACCCGACGUUGCCUCUGGGCACCCCGCCGCCCAGCCCUGUCCCGGAGCCGGGCAAUGGCAACGGAAACGGCAAUGGAAACGGAAACGGCAAUGGAAACGGUAACGGCAACGGCAACGGUAACGGUAACGGCAAUGGAAACGGUAACGGCAAUGGCAAUGGCAAUGGAAACGGCAACGGCAAUGGCAACGGAAACGGCAAUGGGAAUGGGAAUGGGAAUUAGAACGGCGGUAAUGGAGGGCGCAUGUAAGCAACCCUGUGCGCACACGGCAUGUGUGCUGUGAUAGCUGGACUCAAUCACAAGCAGGAUCCGUUUCACCUUGCUUUUAACUUUGUGGUUCCAAACAUCUACACACACGUGGGUAUCGACACUGACGCAAAACAGUGACCAAAUGUUCAGCACUGUUCAAGACAUACUGGCUGGCUCAUGCGAGCGUUUUUGAGGCGGUUUCUUCGUGCGCGCUUUUCGUGCGCGCUUUUAUCUAGGGCAGUCGUGAUUCUUCUCUUCAAGGCCAAUCCAGGCGUCAGGCUACGCCAAUGCAGUUCAAGGCCGCUGCCACGUAUGUGUGUAGACGGGCAACGCGUUGUUGGGACUCGAGCUAGCAGGUGUGGUGGGUGCGGGGUAAUGCGGCAGGAAUGCAGGAUGUGUGGGAGCGUGCAUGCGCGCGAUCCGACGGCUGGUGUGGGCGCGCGUGUGCAGUGUGGCUGCAGGUGCGAGUUUGUGUGAUGGCAGCAUGUAGGAGGACAGUGAUACGAUGGAAGCGUUUGGACCCGUUGGUCUUGAAGUAAUUCUUUUGGCUGUACGUGUGGCAGACUCUGCAACGUGCCAGCACGGAGACCUUUGAUUGAGAUUGAGGACGAAGUAAGGGGGUUUAAGCAAGAAGUGUGUAAGUGGUGGACAGACAGAGCCUUAUGAGCGUGACUAGAGUGCUGGUCAUGUGGUACGACAUGAUGGUAGGUGGUAUUAUAGGACUCGGAUCCUGAUGACACGUCACCCAACCCGGGGAGACCCUCGCUGCAGUUCAUGGUCCGGGUUUAGCAUGUCGGGCGGCCCACCCUAGCUACUAGGUCUGGCCGUUUGCACCGUGGGAGCAUGCUUUAAUACUGGCGCUGAUUCGGCCUCUUGGUACCCUUUGACCUUUCGUCGCACAUUCUGACUUUCUGAGAUAGUAGCCGCUUGCGAGGUGCGACAAGAGAAUCCACCAUGCAAUGGUGCAGGUGCAACAUGACGUUAUUCCGUAUGACGGGGGAAUGUGUGACAUCUUUAAUUUCCAGCCAGCUUACGCCACGUACGUCCGUCACUCCGUGUCGGACCUUCCUGUAAGGAGUUGGUGGC